UGCAUCUCGCAACAUUUUUUGGUUGUUUUCUCAUGUACGGAGCCGGGCUGAGCUGAUCCGUGUGGCAUGAUGCAAUAAACGUUCCCCACAUUUGCUCAUCUCCCGCCCGCAUUCGUGUUUCGUGUUUGGAGCUUGAGGUACAAGCUCAAGCAUACACUCACACUUCUCACCCUCGUCUCGCUUCCAUCCGCACGCGAUUCGACGCCCGGCGCCAGUUGCGCAGCCCUGCCCCGAAUUCUCCGCCGAGCCCCCGUGACUCGGCGCUCAUCAUCCGGCCGAGAAGCUGCUGGCACCGCCGUUGUCGUUGUUGUCGCCCCCGGGUCCUUCGCCGAGCUCUCCACCGAUUUUUCGGAGCUACCGUCCCGUCUCAUUCCGCGUUAUCCCCGGUCUAUAGUUGCUCCCUGCAACUUCAGCUGCUGCUGACAGAUGCCGUGCUUCACACAUCAGCCUUGUCGUUACCAGAUCUAAGCAAGCUCAUCCUUGGUCCUACCAUGACGCUUGUCUCCGACCAAGUACGGCGGCUUGAUGCCUAUCUUGACCGUCUUCCAGUUUUAUCCGAAGUUGCUUCAGAGGAUGAUCAGUCAGAGACCGAAGAGCAUGGGUUUGCUGUAGCUACUGCCUUCUCAUCCCCGCGUCUUGAUCACUUGCUCCGUACCAUUCAGUCAUUGAGUACUACAUCAUCCUCGCAACCUCUUCUGCCGGCAUGGCGCAUCAGGGAUCUUCUCAUAUCAUCUGAUAUCCCUACAUCUGCCCACCUCUCAGUGAGAGAGGCACAACCAGGUGAUGAGGCUAGAAGCCCUUAUGAGAAUGAGCUGGAGUGGCUGCUUGUGAGCAAGGCCACCAUUCAACUCCAUGGCGUUGUUCUCAACACACUCCUGGAUCAAAUUGUCCCUCUCAAUGAUGACAUCUGGUACUGGGAUGAUGUUUUGGGCUCGUAUUCCUACAGCAGCCUCUAUGCUGUCCAGAGUUCGCCUUUGCGUGUCUGGGCAUGGUCCCAAGAAGUCUACACUGCAACCAAGUUACGCGUUCAAGCUGGUUCUCUUCAUCAUGCCCCGGGUGAACUUGUGGAUUCCACGACAUCAAGUCUGUCGCAGCAGUGGACGCAGUUUUAUGGUAUCGUGCAUGAUAGUAUCCGGGAACGAUCAAUUGCCAAUAUUCAACGGAGAGUUUUGUCGCCUGUUGCGUUAUCUCGAUCCGAAGCACGACGCAAACAGGCACAGCUCAAGAAACUUCGUGAGAUAACGGCAAGCGGACUUGGUGUACUGAUGGAUGAAGGCCUGCAAUUCGGCCUCGACGACGAUAAGGCUGAGCUUCAGGACCACCACGAUCUCAAGGGCGUCGUCGAACGUAGUGUUGCGCUUAUCGAUAUGGUUCUCAAGGAAGUUUCUACCCUGGACGUCAAUAUUAGCGAUUUUGAGGACAAGGUGUUUGCUGGUGUCGAGGAAGACCCUGAGCUUUCUGUUCACAUCGAGGAUAGCAACAUCGCUGAUCGUCCAGCCAUUCUAGCCCGACGACUGCUCACCAUUAUCGACAAGUCCCUCCCUGAACAUCUCACUGCAAUGCACGCCCUGGCUAAGGAAAAUGGUCGACCUUCGACUCUGAUUCGAUACUGGCUCCCUGCGAUUGUUGGUCUUCUCUCUUCGACAACUGUCUUGCGUAUUCUGGUCAACCGGAAGGCCGAUAUCAUCGAGUGGUUCGUUGGAUUUGGUGAAACUGUUCGUGAUUUCUGGUUUAACUGGGUUAUUGAACCGACGUCAAAGAUUAUCUCAACCAUUCGGCACGACAAAACCAGCGAGAUCGCAAUCAUGAGUAGGGAUAGUCUUAAGGCGGACCGUGAGAGUCUCGAGCGUAUGGUUGUUGACUUUGCCCUCGACAAGCCUCACUUUGCCAAUGAAACUGGUAGCACCUUGACUGAGACUCAAGUUGCUGAUAUCCGACACAAGGUUGCCGAGGGUGAUGUCACUCCAGUGCUCCGAGCGUUCGAGAAGGAUUUGCGAAGCCCUUUCAUGGGCACUAUUCGUGGAGAUCUUGUUCGAUCACUCCUCAUUCAGGUUCAGAAGACAAAGGUUGACCUUGAGGUCGCCAUGACUGGCAUCGACUCCCUUCUCAAGAGCCAGGAACUUGUCUUUGGUUUCGUUGGUCUUACUCCCGGUGUCCUCGUCUCUUAUAGCAUGUUCCAGUAUCUGCGCGGUGUUUUUGGCGGCCGCUCUGGCCAACGUCAAACCCACAAAGCUGGCAAGGCCAUCCGUGUCCUCCGCAACGUAGACCGCAUUCUCUCCGAGGCCCGACCUACAGAGACCAAUCUUCUCUCUUAUAAGGACCACGGUCUCUUGCUUUCUGAAGUUCAUAUUCUGAGAGACCUCGUUGAUAAGCUCAUGCCCCGUGAAAUCGCGAGGGAGUUCCUUGAGGAUCUCGAUGAUUUGUCAAACAUGAAGGGUAUUCAGUUGCAGACCAGGGCACUGGAGCGUAUUCGUUGGGCUUAUGCGAGAUGGCUUCACUAGGCCAUCCAUGAAAGGUGUUCGUCACAGGUCCAACGACAGCAUGUAUACUAGCCCUUGCUGGGCAGGUAAAAUAGCACCAAUGUACUUAUACACAUAGGUAGAUUGCAUAAACGAGUCAUGAUUAGAUGGAUAAACCCCUUUGAUUGGCGCUGGACCUUCUGGAGCUGUAGUGGUAUGCUUGCCAAAUGUCCUAGUAUCAGGGACGACUCUGUGUCGCCAUCAGUACACAAAAGCUUGAUGCCAACAUGCUGGCAUCGCUACAGGAGGCUCCACAGGUUGGUUAUAACUUCUUAUUAUAAAGGCUACACUUAUUGACACUCCAUUUCUCGCA